ACUUAUUAAAUAAUAAAACUUUGUUAUACAGGCUAAUAUGAAAGGUAAGUCGUGAUGUCACGUAUGAAAUUAGAAAAGAAAAAGGAAAAAAAAAGCUUGGGCAAUCAAAAGAAAAAUGAAAUAUUCUUGAUAUAAAAAAAAGAAAUAAUAUUUUGAUUGAUUCAUUAAAAAAAAAAAAGUAGAAUAAAGAGAAGGAUAGAAAGCUGGAGGGAAAAAGGAGAGGGGAAGAACGGCAAUAAAUGUGAUUAAGGAAACGACGCGUGGUGCCCGUGAACUGCUUUUAUACUCACUCUCCCCCAUUUCCUCCUUCAACCCCCCAUCUCUCUCUUCUCUCUCCCGUCUCUCUCUUCUCUCUCUUGUCUCUCUCUAAAUACCUCCCAUCCAAACAAACGAAACAACAAACUGAUAUAAAUCACCACCACCAUAGCCAUCUUCUCUGCAAUUGCUCCACUCUCUUCGAUCAGGUUUGUCGAUAUAUUUAUCGGUCAAUAUUGUUGAAUUUGACUAUCUGCAUAUUCCGAUCACCUUUCAUGGCGGCGUCGCUGAUCUCAAACGUCGACGGAAGCCUCGACGCGUCGUUGAUAGAGUCGUCUCGCAAAAAGCGGAGGAAAAUCGGAGCCGUCGAAUCGGAUCGGAAUCCUACUACGAACACCGGAGCCCGAUGGAGAUCCGAGACGGAGCAACGGAUCUACUCCACGAAGCUCGUGGAGGCGCUCCGUCAGGCUCGCCAGAGAUCGUCGCGGGCGGCCAAGGUCUCCGGAGGGGGCAGGGAAGUGAAGAAGGCGGCGGACCGAGUUCUGGCGGCGGCGGCCAAGGGCACGACUCGGUGGAGCAGAGCGAUUUUAAGAACUCGACUCAGAUUGAACCAGAAGCUUCACAAACGUAGAACGGCGAGGGUGACGGGGAAUAACCGGUUGAAGAAAGCGGAGGUUAGGAGGGAGGGGAGGAAGUCACCGGUUGUGGAGAGAAAAGUUCGGGUUCUGAGCCGGUUAGUUCCCGGUUGCCGGAAGGCGUCGUUGCCGAACCUUCUAGAAGAAACGAGCGAUUACAUAUCGGCUCUGGAGAUGCAGGUGAGAGCCAUGGCUGCUCUCACCGAGCUUCUCUCCGGUUCGCCGGUUAAUCACGUCGGCUCGAGCCUCAGUUCUUCGAGUUGACGCUGAGAAUCGCCUGCCUCGGCUUAUUGUGCCAGGUGUUUUUUUUUCUUUUUGUAAUUUUUAUAAAUAUUUUGAUCUUAUGAAAUUUUUAAUUGGUGUAUUUUAUUGUAUACGUAGCCUUUUUCUAUCUUCUUAGCUCGUUUAUCAUUUCUUUUUCUUUUAUUUUUUUAAUAAUUUAUUACUAAAUCGAUUGGAGUAUGCCACCUAAUUUGAUUCUAAUUGAUCAACUAGACUAUUAAACA